AUGGAUUCACUCUGGCACUACCAGUUCCGCAUUAUCAUGCUGGGGGAUUCGACGGUGGGGAAGUCGUCCCUGCUGAAGUGUUACACCGAGGGCGCCUUCCUCGACUCCAUCAACCAGACGGUGGGGGUGGAUUUCUACGUCCAGUUUGUGGAGCUGGAGCCCGGGCUCCGAAUCAAGCUGCAGUUCUGGGACACAGCUGGACAGGAGCGAUUCAGGUCAGUGACUCGCUCUUACUACCGCAACUCCGCAGGGGCAGUGCUGAUGUUUGACCUGACCAACCAAGCAUCCUUUGAGAGCAUCAAGGAGUGGCAUCGGGAGAUGACAGAGACAGUGAAACCUUUUCACGUGGUCUUUGUGCUGAUUGGGCACAAGAGUGACCUGGUGCCACAGCGCCAGGUUGAGCGAAAGGAGGCCGAGAAGCUUGCUUCUUCGCUGGGGGCAAAGUACAUAGAGACAUCCGCUAAAAGCAACAGCAACGUGGAUGAUGCCUUCCAGCUGCUGACCUUGGAGAUCUAUGAAGCUGUGAAGGGUGGGAUGCUGAGCCCAAACAAGGAUUGGGAUGGGGUGAAAAGCAGACUGCCACCCACAGAGGAGCCCAAAGUACAGAACCUGGGAAAACAAGAGAAGCAGAAGAAGUGCUCGUGCUAGCCAGACAUUGUAGAC